GUAAUUGGAAUCAAUCAUGUCGCAAUAGGAUGAAAGGUCAGAGGAGAUUGAAGAAUUCAAAAAACCAAGUUAGUUCCAAAGUGAAGAAUAAAGAAACCUUCAAGAGAUCACAGAAUAGUUCAACCAUGUCAACAUUCAAAGUGCGCCAUCAGGAGUUCAGAGUCCCUAAUUGGCUUCUGAAGUGCACUCUCAUCUGUAAGAUUAGUCCAAUAAUUCGCCUCAAUCCAACUUCAUUAAAAUUGACAAGAGGUUCUUACUUCCCGAAGAAGCCAAUUAUAUCACCUAUAUCUCCGACAACACCAAGCUCUUAAAGGAGAAGUACGUCGAACACUGCAUGGAUAGCUUAUAAUCCAUUUAAGACUUCGUGUUGAAUCAAGGACUCAGCAGAAAAAAACAAUUGAGCAAUUGCCUCAAGAAUGAUCAAAGCUCCUAAUUGAACAACCAACCUCCUCAUAUCCAUGAAUUAAGUUUACAAAACUCUAACCAAUUUGAAAAAAUCAAUCUGUAAGAAACUAGCCAAAAAAAAUAGUCAACCAAUAGCAAAUCUAAUAUUAAAAAACUCAAAGAGGACCCUCAAUUCUAGCAGAAAUUGUUCUUUGUUAAUCAAAUCUUAGAACAUUUAAAAAAAUUUGAAAUACAAUCAUCCUCUAAAAAGAUCUCCAUCUUGGAGGAUUCCUUGAUAGUCUGUUUAGUGUUUCUAUAAUUAUCAAAUGAAAGUAAAUCCUUGCAAGAAUAAUACGACUAUAUACAGUAGCACUAUAAUUAUUAGAGAUCCUUCUAAGCUUUUUCAACAAGGUAAUUUUCCUGAUUAGAUUUAUGUUAGAAUCAAAGUAUAACGUAAUUUAUAUUAACAAUGGACUUUAGAGAAGUUUGAGCAACUCUUAAAAGUACUACAAAGAUACCCUAAAAAGGCCCUUGAAGAUCUUACGUUAAUAUAACAUCACAAUAUCAAAAUUCCAAACAUAAACUGA